AUGGCCCUGCCUCCCCAGCCCUCCUGCCUGGCAGGCAGCCCCCUCAGCUUGUUAUGUCUGUCCCUCUUCCUCAAGCCCGCCACAGCUGUGACCUACUGUGAGUGCAGCCUCGGCCUCAGCCGAGAGGCCCUCAUUGCCCUGCUCGUAGUGCUGGCCGGGAUCAGCGCGAGCUGCUUCUGCGCCCUGGUCUUCGUGGUGGUGGGCAUCAUGCGGGCCAAGUGUGACUCUGACCCAAGUCCCCCUGGACAUGAGGACAGCAGGUUGGGGGGUCACUAUGGGAUCCAGGAGGACCACAUGGCCCUGCGCACAGUGCGUGUGGAGUCCCACCUCAUGGACACUGAGCUGGAGGCUGCCAUGCUGGAUGAUCAGAGCCUCGGGACCGACCCCAUGGACCCUCUGGAUGAUAUCCCUGCCCCGCCCCCUGAGCAGGACUGAGGCCGGCCCCAAAGCUGCUGGGAGAGGAUUAAAGAGUAUUUUGUGGUUCUGCGCUGUCCUCCCUGUGGCCGAGGGGAAGGGCCAGGCCUCAUCACUCAAGUGCCCCACCUCCUGCUGUGGUCCCUCUGCACCUCAGGACGCUGUGUCCCCUGGAGUGGUUAGGAGCCCAGCCCAGCCCACCUCCAGCCAGGAUGCGUGGCCACUCCAGGAGGCAGCUGGAUGUGG